UGAAGAGUUGACUUCAAUUCCUCAAAUGGAGUUCUCUUCCUCAUCAUCAUCUUCGUCUUCAUCCUUCUUAAAAUCAGAACCUCAGUUCAUAUACGAUGUUUUCAUCAACUUUUGGGGAGAAGACAUUCGUAGAAAGUUUGUUUCCCAUCUUCAUUCGGCCCUUUCACAAUCUCAAGUAAAAACACUGAUUAACGAGGAGAAUCUGCAGGAGGGAAUGAAGCAGGAAGAACGCAUGCGAGCAAUUGCAGGCUCUAAGAUCGCAAUAAUCGUUUUCUCCAAAUCAUACACUGAAUCUACCUGCUGUCUUAUUGAGCUUGAGAAAAUCAUUGAAUGCCACCAAACUUUUGACCAGAUUGUUCUGCCCGUAUUUUACGAGAUUGACCUAUUGGAUGUACGUCAUCUGAAGGAUGAUUUUGGAAAAGCGUUGGAAGAAACUGCACACAAAAGCUAUUCAGGAGAACAAACGGAACAUGCGUUGUUGAGAUGGAGUCGUGCACUCAACAAAGCUGCAGGUAUCAAUGGUCUGGAUAUCAGACAUUUCAUGCAUGAUGCUGAACUUGUGGAGGUAAUUGUUAGUCGUGUUCAGACUAAGCUAGACUAUGCAGAGUUGUCUAUUACACGAUUUCCUGUUGAGUUGGAGUCCCACGUGGAAAAGGUAAUGAACAAAGGAAAAGAUAGAGAAGAGCCUGAGAAAUGCUAUUGCUGACAGCAUUGAAGAAAUCUUUGCAUCUUCCAACACCAAUCAAAGAAGACUUGAAGUGCUGCUUUGAAGUUCCUAAUUUUGUACUAUUUGUUCCAUAUUCAGUCAUAAUAGUUACUACUUGCUUAGAUAGUUGAAACUCAGUGUCACAUUGCACCAAAACACUUCGAAGAUUUGCAAGGUUGCUAGGCUUUGGUGCAAAAUCAUCCCAACUAUUAUCUUCCAUAUCCAUGCAAAACGAAUGU